AUUUUCUUUUCGGUUUUGGCCGUGUUCCAAGCCUUCCGUUGUCGUCGCCCUUGUUGUCUACGUCCUCAACAUCGUUCUACACGUUCCCAACGCAUCCUCUUUCUUAACCGGGUCGCCGCUCGCGGCCCACUGACAAACCUGUCCGUCCAAGCUCACCCGGAGAGCCCACUCGCCACCACCGCCGGUUCUACCGGGUUUAUCUCGAAAUCUCGUCGCAGGGACUCAUUCUUUCUUGUCAUGAGUAUCUCGUUCGGUAGUUUGGGUCUCAUGUCCCUUCGCAAUCCCUUAGCGGAUGCAGUGGGCAUCCUUUGGGGCAAGGGUGACAUUAGGUCCAUGUUUUGGCUAGUCGUGUUUUACAUUUUUUUCCUGAUUUUGGCUUAUCUGACAAACCCAUCGGAAACGUCUUUUCGCACCUUCCUGACUGAACAGUCAUUUCGGCAGCACCUCAGUCGACUCGAUGAUAGCAUCGACGACGAUCACGAUCCUCAUGGGACGAAAUCUUCGGUUCGACGUGGUGUGAACAGCAUCACGCACACGCUCCCUUUUGACAACCGGUCUCCUUUUCAUUUCGCUAACCGUGCUUCAGUUUCACUUCGGACACCCAAGCAUGUUUUUCAUACCUGUGGUGUCUUUACCAUUGCAGUAAUCCUUCCUACCUCGAAGUCGGAUCGUGACCCAGUCGAUCGACGUUCCGAUAGCAUAGUAUCGGUCAUCUCCGAUUCGUGGUACCUAGGGGCCUUUGGAAAGUGGUGGCGCGGCGGAGUGCUGGAUGAAUGGUACCAUAAUGUGAUUGCCGGAGGUGAUGAGGAAAGCUGGAGUUCGGGCGUACUUGGCAUGAAGACUUCUGAGAGACAUCAUGAGUACAAUGGUGCUCUACCAGGUCUUCCAUUCACCACUAAGAAUCUCCCUCCUCAUUUAUUAUCGCGCGGUUCUCCUCCGAGACUAAGGAAUCGCGAUAAGUCGUCCCAACGGUCUAGCUCACUACCUAUCCGCAGUUCCACACCACCACCUCUUCCCAAAUCAGUUUCUCUGCCUCUGCACGCGACACGGUCUUCGCAGGUUUUGAUGGAUCAUAGUGUAAUAACUCAGCACCCCAGUCAGUCACUGCCAUCAUUCCCUAUUGACCCUGUCAAUGCCGGCGCGCAGCUACCUUCAACCUCUCCGUUAACUGUAUUCGAUCAAUCUCCUCAUGUCGCAGAGCUUCUCCGCCAGGUCACUGCAUCCACAUCAUCCAUUCUGGACCUUCGCAAUCAACUCAGUGAUUGCAAGAUCAGCGCCUCUCAGUCACAUACUACUCUUCAAAGAGAAUUGGAGUCUUGUCGGGAACGAAAACGACAGGAGGACUCCAUGAGAGCAGAGCUGAAAUCCAGGACCAAAGCAUUGGACGACUCCAAGAGGCAAGCUGAAAGUAUGCGAAGGGACUCUGAAAAACGUCUUAAAGCUGCGUUCACUGCUCGUAACGAUACUAAACAGCGUAUAGAGCAUCUUGACUCUGAGAUCCUACACUUACAAAAGUGUCUGGUUGACGAUGAAGCAUCGGUUCGACAUAGCAAGGACACUGAGUCGCCAGCGGAGCAGACCAUCAAAGUUUCCUUGGAGCAGAGGAGAACAGAAGUCAAGAUCGCAGAUAAUGUUGUCGUGGCACUGAACAUUCGGGCUCGCGAAUUGGAAAAGCGGCUCACAAUCCAGAAGGAAAGGCUACAGUCAUUACGAGAGCGCUUUCAAUCUCAGCAGCUCACUCGAUCUCUUCAUCAUGGUUUCCAUGUAAUUGACCCCCCUUCUUCCUCGUGGUCGCUCAAGGAUUCACCAUUCGACAUCAUACAUUCGGCUACUUUAUCUUCGCAAGGUGACUCUUUGCGUGACGACCAGACGUCAGGGCACUCUCCAGAACCUUCUGAGUUGAUCAUUGAAACUCCUAGCGACCAUGUUUUGACUUCUGUUCCGAUUCCUUUGCGAGGCAAUGCGUACACUAGGAUGGAGAGUGAUUUGCCAUCUCUUGCUGUUCAAACAUCGCAGCCCGUCGGGAAAUUUGCACCAUUCGCAGAAUUUGAUCCACAUCCAUCUCAAUCCUCUAUGGCAGUCUCUCCGACGUCAUCUUCUCUAAUCCCAUCAGGCCUUAUGUCCUCCCUUGCACUCGACAAUACAGACAGUAUUUCGCGGUCUUUCCAGUCAGAGAAUGAUGUUUUCCUGGACAGGCAUUGGCGAAAUAAUGGUGUGCACGGGCAUCGCCAACGGUUACAUACGGAUGAGCACAGUCCCAAGUACGGGACGAUGACAACUUCCUCACCGACAUCUUUACAUGCUGUUUCCACCAGUGACGCUGAUUAUGAUCCGUUCGAAGUUCGCAUGCUGACUCCACGUGAGCGAGAAAGAUACUCUUUACGUUCUGAGAGCGCCAUGGACAUGCAGCGUGCAUCAUUGUUUCACCGGAAUAGCUCAUCACCCUCCUUGGUUCACCCGUCGUCUGAAGAAUUUGAUCCGGCCCCUGGCACUGAUAAACCAUCAGCUCCUCGUCGUUGGUUUUCUAAAGUGAAGGCUGCAAAAGGUCUCAAUCCUGAUGCGAAGGUGUUUAGUAUUUCCGGAUCAGCAGAUUCACAGAAACAGGGUCAUUUCUCGCAGAUCUCUUUCGACGCAUUGAAUCCUCAUGGCCUAGGUGCUAAUGUUAUGGCGCCCACGUCAGACAGUAGCACCUUGCUGCGAGCUUUUGCUCCUUCGCCAGCAGAGCGUGAGGUCCUUCAGCGCGCAUUUGGGGGCUCUACCAAUACUAGUCUUGAACGUCUGCCAAAUUUGAGCGAUGUUGGUAGCAUACCUCCGUCUCCGUCGCAUGUAAAUGCCCAUGUACUAACUGUCCCGGUGCACGACAGAAUCCCGACGUGGCUUCAAUCUUUACCCAGGAUUCGUAAGCCUAACUUCAGUCCAUGGGAUGACGAGGAGCCUUCAGCGAAUAAAAAAGUACUCACGUCGGAUGAAGGAGGUCAUGGAGGUGGUCGGACGGAUGUGUGAGCUGGUGAUUUCACGGUGGUUAUUUAGAACGGUGGGUGUGGGACGAAGACUCUUGUGUGUAUCAAAGUAGUUCCAUUCGCUAUGAGUGGACAAAGGAGGGCAUUUGGUCCUUGAUGUUUAUAUAGCAAUGAAAUCGUAUCCGUAUCAUCUGCGUGAGUCCAUUACUCAGUUCCUCG